GGCCGGACGGAGCCUGGACCGGCUGCAGCCGCUGCCGCCCAGAUCUGGGCUCCUGAACGCGGGCUCCCGCCAUGUUGCAGAGGAGCAGCAGGAGGAUACCUUCUCCCCUGGCUCGUGGGAUACCACCAUGUUAGCCCUGCAGAGCCCAGGGGCCACGGAGCUCUGUUCUGUGGGGGGAGACAUGAUGGCCAACCACGUGGACCUCCUGACUGAGCUUCAGCUCCUGGAGAAGGUGCCCACCUUGGAGAGGCUGCGGGCGGCCCAGAAACGCCGAGCGCAGCAGCUGAAGAAAUGGGCCCAGUAUGAGAAAGAGCUGCAGCACCGCAAGCGGAAGCAUGAGAAGAAGAGGAGCGCUACCAGUCAGAAGAAGGUGUCCUUCGAGGCCAGCGUGGCGCUGCUCGAAGCUUCCUUAAGGAAUGAUGCGGAGGAAGUGCGCUACUUUCUGAAGAGCAAGAUAAGCCCUGACCUAUGCAAUGAAGAUGGACUCACUGCACUGCAUCAGUGCUGCAUAGACAACUUUGAAGAGAUAGUCAAGCUUCUGCUGAGCCACGGGGCCAACGUCAAUGCCAAGGACAAUGAGCUGUGGACGCCCCUGCAUGCUGCUGCCACCUGUGGCCACAUCAACCUGGUGAAAAUCCUCAUUCAAUAUGGGGCAGAUUUGCUUGCAGUCAACUCAGAUGGAAAUAUGCCCUAUGACCUCUGUGAAGAUGAACCAACCCUCGAUGUGAUUGAGACUUGCAUGGCAUAUCAGGGCAUCACCCAAGAGAAGAUCAACGAGAUGCGGGCUGCUCCUGAACAACAGAUGAUCGCCGACAUCCGCUGCAUGAUUGCAGCAGGUCAGGACCUAGACUGGACUGACGCUCAAGGAGCCACCCUGCUGCACAUUGCUGGGGCCAAUGGAUUCCUUCAUGCAGCUGAGCUUCUUCUUGACCAGGGAGUACGAGUGGAUGUCAAGGACUGGGAUGGCUGGGAGCCUCUCCAUGCAGCUGCCUUCUGGGGCCAGAUGCAGAUGGCGGAGCUGCUGGUGUCCCAUGGAGCCAGUCUCAGUGCUCGGACAUCCAUGGAUGAGAUGCCAAUAGACCUAUGUGAGGAGGAGGAGUUCAAGGUGUUGCUGUUGGAGCUGAAGCACAAACAUGAUGUGAUCAUGAAGUCCCAGCUGAGGCACAAGUCUUCACUGAGUCGGCGCACAUCCAGCGCAGGGAGUCGGGGGAAGGUGGUAAGAAGGGCAAGCCUGUCAGACAGGACCAACUUGUACCGGAAGGAGUAUGAGGAGGAAGCCAUCGUGUGGCAGCAGAGGGCCUCAGCAGAGGAGCAGAGAAACUCCAUCUACAACGGGGAAGUCAGAGAGACCCGUUCUGAUCAGGAGAACAAGGACCCGAACACUAUACUGGAAAAGCCCUUGCUUCUUUCUGAAUUUAUGACCAAGAGCACAUUGGGGAACACAGACCUGCCCAUGCAGAAUGGCCUCCGGGGUCCAGUCAGCCCUUACCCAUACUCAUUGUCUAAUGGGGACAUGUCCAUCCAGAAUGGACUCCGGUCUCCAGCUACCACCCACCAAUACUCUCUUGCCAAUGGUGACAUCUGGAAGGUGCAUGAAGUCCCGGACUACACCCUGAGUGCAUCUCUUCCCUAUGGUAGCCCCGGCCUUCAUGACAUGCCACAGCCCUGGAAUGUGUACAAGGAGCCCAGCCACCAGACGCUGUCAGAGCUGAAGCGGCAGAGGGCAGCUGCCAAGCUCCUCAGCCACCCCUUUCUAAACCCCCACCUAGGUGGUGGGGUGACUGGGGUGGGUGAGGGCAGCAGUGAGAGCAAGACCCCCCUGAUUGGAACGAGAACUUCUCCUUACAGUGCCAAUGGGACUUCUGUAUAUUACACAGUAGCCAGUGGGGACCCUCCUCUGCUAAAGUUCAAGGCCCCAAUGGAGGAGAUGGAGGAGAAAGUUCGAGGCUGUUGCCGAAUUUCUUAGACCUGCUGCAGCCAUGCCCCUGGACUCAGGAAGGAGAAGGACCUGGUCAUGGCCAAGGCAUGGAGCAUUCCUGAGCCUGGCCUGGUGCGAGUACCUGAGGGGCAGCCAUGUGGGAUGGAGAGUAGAUAAAAUGAGGCCAAUUCUCAUUUUCAGAGAGGAAGAUUUUUCCAGAGUUGUCCUAAAUCCUGGUGUCACUCUGAACUGCCCACCCCUGAGAGCUUACCUUGUACUAUACUUAUCACCAUUCUGAAUGAAGAAUACCAGUUAUUAGCCUCAUGCAAGUGACUACCAGAUAUCUGAAAUGUGAUGUGAGGAAUCCUGCUCUGCUCUUGUGAAGUACUUGCCAGCCCUAGUGUUCAAACUCCUACAUGCCUCGCACAUGCAUAUGUGUACACACACACACAUCACUUGUGGCCCCAUUUGUGCCAAAGACCAAGGUGGAUGGCUGUAAAUAGGAAGGUGCAUGUCCAGCUUGGCCCUGAGAAUGUAGCUGUUCACUUGCUUAAGUGAGUAACCGGUGUUGACACAGGCUGUGUGUGGGACAGCAGCAGAAUGUCUGUGGUGUGAGGUGCUUUCCAAACCACUGCUCAAGACCCAUGGCUGGAGUGAGGUCCAACUCCAGACUUUGGCAAGGCCCCAGCCAUGGCUAACUCUGUGGUUAUGUUCAGCAGGGGUGGCUGAGGGUAUUUAUGCCUCUUGGGGUCUCCCUAGAAAUAUCCCUUCAUAGAAUCAAAGCAAGAACCCUGAGUCAUCUUGAAGUUGGAGGCUAACAGCGCCUGAUCCAGCACCACACACAUAGUAGACACUCAGUGUUUGUUGAGUAAAUAGAUGAAUGACCAGUUUCAUAGUCCCGAUCAGUGUCUACUGGCACCAGGGGCUCUUUUCCGUGUAUUGUUCCAAGGGAGGUGAGAAUCCUUGAGGGUGAGAUGACAGAAAUUGUCCAGAGAAGCUUCCCUGUCAAUCCCACUAAGAUAAUGCUUUCCUCUGCAGGAUGUGGUCCCCAGGAGAGUUCAGUGUCAGAGAUAACAAAUCAAGUUGCUCCAAUCUCAUUUGAUUUUUAAAACUUCACAUAGAAUUUUGCCAGUUAUCUCCACAAAGUCAAUGUUUUAAAAGGAAAAAAAUCUUUCAAGACUACUAAAAGUCAAGGGGGAAAUCACAUUUGUCUGCAGUCAAGGAGAUUCUCAUAUUGGCUCCUGUCUGCCAAGGGCUGCAUAUGGUAUUUAGAAAAGGCCCAAUUGUGUAAGGGAAAGAUCUCUGAAUUUUCUCUUUGAGCACCUGAGUUCCAUUUAUGGCUCUACUGCUUACUAGCUGUGCAAACUUGGGCAGGUCAGUUAAGUUCUCUGGACCUGGUUCUUCAUUUAUAAAAUGAGUGAGAUGACUAACUGAUCUCUAAGAUUCCCUCUAGCUCAUGACACUUGGAUCUCAUGAAACCCAGAGACCAACCAGUUUUUGGUUACUGAGUUAUCUGCCUCUCAACACUCCAGCCUAGGGAAAUAGGAGCUUGUAUUGCCAAUUUAUGAAAACACCACUGUAGGAGUGAAAUUUAGCUUAAAGCACAUAACUAAUCCCUGUAGUGUUUAAAAUGGACAAGUGCUAAUGUCCCCGGCCCUUCAGGUGCUGGUAACAAAAGUAGGGUCCCAGGUUGGGGUAAGUAGUCAAUGUAAGAUUCUGAAAUGCUUUCACUGCCUCCCAAGCACAUCCAGCUUUAUUUUUGUGCCUAUGUCUUGUGGGUACAGAGCUUCCUUUCUGGCCAAGUGCAGGCACAGGAUAUGGAGGGUGACGGGGCUUCACCUCAAGGCAUAGACAGUCACUGGUGUGCACUGAUGGAGCCCCUGUCAGGACUGGUAAUGCUCCUCCCAGCAGAAAGCAUUCGGUUCCCAUUGAAGGUGACAGGAGGUGGGCAGGAGGCAAGCACAGUGCAUAUGACUGACAAGGCCGUUUAUUCAGUGGCGAAGCAUGCAGGAAGGCAGUUAUAGGACUGGAGUUUCUGGCCUGCCUGGGCUUCACAAGCAGAGGGAAAUCACUCCAACAUCAUUUCCACAAUCCAUCCAGACCAGGAUUCUUUCUCUGAUAGGAGCCAUCAAGGGUCAAUUGCUCCCAGAGAACUCAAAUUUUCAGCUUAGCCCAUUAUGACUACCAUCAUGAAUUUAUUUGCUCCUGGAGGGGGGAGCUGUAUAUUCAGCCUCAAUCACCUCUUGGAGGUAGGGGAACAAUGAAUUUCACAUAUUUCCUAAGCAGGACAAGUUUUUCAUUUGUCCUAAAACUACCUCUUUUCAGCUCCAUGGAGAUGCCCGAGUUCUAGUUUCCAGGGUUUGGGGAACAAGGGCAUGUUUAUCCCUUUCUACCUCCCCCUUUCUAUAAGUUAGAGUGAUCCAAAGGUGGAAUUGGCUGCCCCAGGAGGUGGUAGGGUUCUCAUUACUGGAGGUGUUGAAGCAAAAGUCACAGAACAACUUGUUGGCAAUGUUAUACAGUGGAAGCCUCCUUAGCUACAGGCCCUCUGAAGUUCCUUCCAGCUUUGAGGUUCCAUAAUUUCCUGAGUCAGUGAAUAAACUUCUCUGUAAGCUGA